UUUAAAAUAAAACAAACCCGAACUCUCCAGCUUGAAGUAUAUUAAAAAAAUCUUGGGACGCCGUUCAGGGUCCUUUUUGGACCUUGAUCUCUGGAAAACUCCUAAACCGUAAGACUUGGAGACAAAACAUUUUUUUCAUUCCCGUAACUCAUUGUGCCGAACAGUUAUGGAAAGUUUCGUCAAGAUCGGAUGUACAAUGUCAGAGAUCAUUUCUGAAGGGGAGGCCCUUAAGUGAACGAUAAUGUUCUGAAGCUAAAAACUUCAAUUUUUCAGUCAGUUGAACGGCUCAGCUUGAAAGUAGUUUCAUUCCACAACUCUCACAGGCCUCAGAGAUGCGUCAUUUGGAAAGAAUUAUUUCUUUAUCUCAUGACAGUGGUCACUGUGUUCUCAGACGUCUGAGUAGCAUCAGAACCUUUCGGAGUUACAAUUAUUAAUUCAAAAAUAUUCUGUGUUUCGAAGCUUUACGUUCCACAGUUUUGAAUAAUAGUUCCGUUACAUCUCGAUGGAGGCUAUCGAAUAAAAAUACGUUUAAGCUCAGCCAUCCAACUGACCGGACGAUUGAACUUUUUAACUUUAGAUUAUUAUUGUCCAUUUAAAAUGCUGCUCAGUUCGAUGUAUGUUACUACCUAUCUACUCAAAGUUUCUCUGAAUGUACUUCAAAAGUAAGAAUUGUGAUGCACUUGAAAAAUAAACAAAUGCAUAUGUAAAUUGAGUAAAUAUAGAAAAUUCAAUAAAUUACGAUAACUCCUAUCUCAUAUGAGGUCAUCGUGCUUUGAAACACCAUGCGUCAAUGAGUUUAAGCGCUUUUUCUCAAUUAAGAAUAAACGCUUCUGAAUUCGACUAUUCAUGCAGGCAGUAGUUUCUUAGGAGACUAUUGUUGGAAUAUGGCGAGUUAGAAAAUAUCAUGAAUAAAUUGAUUACGAAUUUGUAUUAUUAUUAGGUAUUGGUUACAUAAAUUUCAAUUUACCGGGUUUAGGAACUAGUGAAACACAUUAUUUUAUGGUUCAAGAAUAUCGAAAACCAGAGUAUGAAGUUUCAUCAAUGCUUCGACCAACAACACCACAUUAUUGUCAUCCUACCAUUGAUGAAUACGUUAUAGCUGCUUGUCAAGGAAAAUUAU